AUGGUGAACCCUUUAUACCAUCCGCUUCUAUUUUUGUAUCAGAUAUGGCAAUUCUUAAUUGACAAAUUGCUCUCGCCAACUCCACCACCAGUAAACAAUGAGCUUGGCCGUCCAAAGAUUGCAAUUAUCGGUGCGGGUUUAACCGGUGUCUCUGCCGCUGCUCAUUGUGUUGGCCAUGGAUUCGAUGUUCAGAUAUUUGAGGCUGGUCCUAAGGAACAUCUAGGCGGAAUUUGGAGCAAAGUCAACAACACAAGCGGUCUUCAGAUCCAUUCAGUUAUGUACCGAUUCCAUCCCUCCGUGAGAUGGAGUGGUGGCUACCCAAACCGUCAACAAAUUGUUUCUCAAAUUACUCAACUAUGGAAGCGAUAUGGUCUGGAAUCUAAGACCAAAUUCAACACGAAAGUCGAGAAGGUUUAUCAAGAUGAGAAGGGUCGCUGGAUUAUCAACAAUACUGCGGAAGGACGAUUCGAGGGUAUCAUUGCCGCCGUAGGAACUUGUGGAGAUGCUAAGAUGCCACAUCUUCCAGCGCAAGAAAAAUUCAAGGGGGAAAUCUACCACUCGAGUAAUCUUACUGGUAAGCAGGCAAAAGGCAAGACUAUGAUCAUUGUUGGAGGUGGUGCAAGCGCUGUCGAAGCACUGGAAUUCGCUACUCACGAGGAAGCGGACAAGGUUUAUAUUCUUGCUAGAAGCGAUAAAUGGAUCAUUCCAAGAAAUCCUAUCAUCGAUGGUCUACUAUCAUUCAACAUCUUUGGUGGAGAGACGAUAUUUUCCUGGAUCCCAGAACUCCUUCUACGGAAGUUCUUCUACCGUGAUCUCGAAGAUCUCGCGCCAACAGACAAAGGUCUCUUCACUGGCACACCAAUGGUAAAUUCCGAUGUCAUGGAUAAAAUUCGAUCUGGAAAAGCAGAGUGGCUACGAGGAGAUAUCAGGGGGUUUUCAGAAGAAGGGAUCAGAUUCAACAAACGUGCGAAAGGAGUACCACCUGGUGGCCCAGGAAGAGAAACGCUGAUUAGAGGCGACAUCGUCGUUAUGGCUACCGGUUAUGAGAGACCAUCACUUAACUUCCUUCCCGAAGACAAUUUCAAAGAUCCAUAUACACCACCAAACUGGUAUCUCCAGACCUUCCCUCCAAACCACCCAAGUAUCUGCUGCAACAAUUGCACCUACGUAAACGCCAUCGGCACAGUCGGCAACUGGCACAUCGGAAUCUACACCCGCAUCCUCCUCAUGUUCCUCUCCGACCCCUUGACACGCCCCCGUCCCUUCUGGAUGGAACGCUGGAUCGACAUGACUCGAUUCCUCAAGAAGUUUGCACCGACCGGUGCGUUUGAUUUCUUCACCUACCUGGAAUUGAUCUGGUGGUUUACGUUUUGUAUCGCAAUUAACCCGUUCCGAUGGAAGUGGGCAUUUUUCGUGUUUUUCGGCAUUGGAACGACGUUGCCGAAGAAGGUUGUUGAGGCGGAGGAUAGGUUGAGAGGCUCGCUGGGAAUUAGGAAUGGGGAUAGUUAUGAUGUAGGGAAGAGCCUUUAG